GUGAUUCUGUUGAGCGCUGCCAAACAUUGGCUACUCUUCAGACUCCUUUAAGCCUUUUUGGGGAAUUUCAACCAAAGAAACUUGUUUCCCGUUUUUAGUCUGCUAUUCAGUGAGAUUCAGUCAUUGUUGUGUAAGGAGUAUUAAAGUCUGGAAGUGUGAGUGUGUGUUGGGUAGACCACCCUGUGUGUUAAGCAGCUGCUCUUCAUUGUGCUGGCACCUGUAAUAACAGGAGGCCUGACUGGGCAGCGGCCAGUAGCGGCAUGGACCAUCGCCAAGCUUAUUCAGGAGGGCACAAUCAUAACAGAAUGCCCAGCCGCAAGAUAGAACUGUGUUGUCUAGAACCGACUCUCGUGUGAAGUAGAAUCUCUGAUCUAAGGUCAUUUGUGCAUGCUAUUAUUUCCUUAUGGUUAAGGUUGGGGCAUGAUAAGAUGAUCCUAGAUCUGUUUCAUGUUUCCCUAAAUGUUGUCUCAUUCAACAAAGAAAGUGGCCAGCACUGGUCACUGCACCCAGACUAUGUUCAACAUUCACACUGAAAGAAUGAAACCUGUGACAGAUGGAGUCUUUCCUUCAGUUACUUUCAGCCUCUCGCUGUUUCUAAAUGACGCUGUCUUCUGUUGGAAACGCUGCUUCAUUAUGUGUAGAUAAAGGAGUGAGAAGCAUCAAUGCUGUGAUUUUAUGUCCAGUUCAUCAGUGGGGGCUCAAAUUGGUAACUAAGUCCCUGCAUCUGGCACACACCCCUCCCAGCUGCUUUGCUUUCCAGCUGUGUGUGUGUGUGUGUUACCCCUUGCUUUAGUUGGAAUGAGCUGUUGACUUUGAACCAAUCAGAUUCGCCCACGGUAAGUCCUGGAAGGGCAUUAACACUCACAGGAUGUGUGCAUCAAUGUGAGUUUGGGAGACGAGAGACUAACAGAAGAAAUAGCAAGGAAGAGAGCUAGACCAAAAAAAAAUCUAAUUUGCUCCAGAGUUACAAUUUGCUCUCUCUCCGUCACAUAUUCCGAAGAUGGACUACAGCUGUUCUAACCUAGAGACACUCAGAAAGCCUCUCCGCUACCUCAGUAAUGAGGAGGCUGCGGCCUUGGAGGCAGAGUUGUUGGGAGAGUAUCGCUUUGGACCGCAGCAACUGAUGGAGAUCUGGGGCCAUGCCUGUGCCAUCGCUAUCACCAAGGCCUUCCCCCUGAGUUCCCUCAAGAGGCAUCCUACAGUGUUGGUGAUCUGUGGUCCCAGUCAGAAUGGCUGUAUUGGUCUGGCCUGCGCUCGCCACUUACGCAUGUUUGACUAUAUGCCCACAGUGUACUACCCCAAGCGCUCUACUUUGGCCCUGCACCGAGACUUUACAGUACAGUGUGAGAAAACGGACAUCCCUUUCCUCUCAUUUCUUCCUGCAGAGGUGCAGCUGAUAAACGAUGCAUAUAACCUGGUGGUGGAUGCCAUCCUGGGGCCGGAGACAGAGCCGUCUGAUAUCAGUGAGCCCUACAGCAGCAUCCUGCUCACCCUCAGACACAUCCGUAUCCCCAUCGCCAGUGUGGACAUCCCCUCAGGGUGGGACGAGGCCAACGUUGACUGUAUAAACCCGACAGUGCUCAUCUCCCUCAUGGCACCAAAGAAGUGUGCUGUCGGUUUCAGUGGGACACAUUACCUGGUGGGACGCAUCCUGCCCUAUGACAUCCAGAGGAAGUAUGAGCUCAAUGCACCAGAAUACCAUGGCACAGACUGUCUGGUUGAGCUAGGGUAAACAAACAGAUGCUCUGUUUUUCCAAGGGUUUCAUCAAAUAUUUAGAAGUGUAGACCUUCCUUCAUCCUUGAGGUUCUCUACUGAGUAAAUAUUAUUGCUUUUCACCAAACAUUUCACAUCAGAUCAAGGGAUGAAGGAAGGAUGCCUUAUUUGUAAUGAGGAUAUUUAGCAGAUAUAUCUUUCUUAGUGUAACAAGGAAAUAGAGCUUUCUUUAUAUUCAUCAUCUCAGAAAACCGCUCAGAUUCACCAGCUUGGUUCUAAACCGUGAGGAAGUUUGCAAAAGCUGUAUAAAAUAUGAUGUAACGUUUGCCAAAAUAAACACGAGCUGUUAAUAAUUGA